GAGAACUAAAGCGUAGAGCUUUAGAUUUAAAUGCAUGUGAUUUAAAAUCAACUGGGAACAGUGUUCCACAAGGUGGUCAGAGAAUGUGCAAGGCACAAAAGAAGACUAUUAUUCGCGAUUUAAACGACUCGAAGUGAGUUAAUAUCAUAGGCUCAUAUUGAAGCUAUUCUAGGAACAUAUUGAGCUGAGCGAAUAUGCAAAUUGGGUUAAUAACUAACCAGGUUAGUCCACAAGCCAUUUGCCAUUUGUUUGCAAGGGAAUUUUAUAGGCGAGUCUUUCUGUUUGAUAUUUUCUUUCAAUUUUACAGUCAAUUAUGGUUUUUCACAUGUUGAAUUGUUGCUUGUGUUAAUGUUUAUCCAACAAAUAUAAACAUAUGCAGAUUAGCCUCUCUUUAUGAGCCCAUUCACCUGCGUGGCCCACGAACCAAUUGCACACUCGAAAGUCACUUGUGGCCCACGUGCUGACCGUGAAAUUCACAGCUGCGCCAAGGCGAAGACAGUGCCAAACCAAUAAUAAGAAAUAGUUAGUGAAAGAGAGAGAUACCUCAAGGCAAUAUUUUAACCAGGCAUGGCCCAAUGCUCCAGUUGUCAUGCCGCCGGCCCGAAGAGCUCGAGAGCCAUUGAAAUUGUCAAACGCCGCCCGUGAAAAGGCUGCGCCAGCCAAAAAUCGGCUUAAGCCGCGUCCAAUUGAAUUUCGGAUCGGUUCACUUGUUGCUCUGAUCAGUUUUUUGCAUUUUUUUUUUCUAUUAUUGACUUUGACCAGUGAUUCAGCAACGUUUGAAUGUUAGUUGAUAAGAUGCGCAAAAGUAAGAUAAAUAGCGGAACAAGGCAUCAGGCCAAGCCAAAUAUUGAAGCACUCACACCGUCGAAGGUCUAGCCAGAGUUCGUAUAAAUACUCCGAGUGCCAUCUAGUCAGCUAUCAAACGCUUCGCAGCCAAACAACGGACAACAUGAAAAUCAGCUUCGUCGCACUUGCCGCUUGCGCUUGCUUGGCUUUGGCCUCAGCGGAUGUCUCGCACCUGUCCAGCAGCUAUUUGCCGCCACCCAAGCCGGAGCAAGUGGAGCAUAUGACUAUCGAGCAACACGAGCUGCGCGAACUGCCCGAGCAGGUGGACUAUAUGCGCGAGAAUGAGCAGGGCGCCAUGGAGAUUACGCCCAGCAGCCAGCUGACGCCACCAGCUAUGCCACAGCAAGAGCAAAUGCUCCCAACGCGCUACCUUCCGCCGUCUCAGCCCGCCAUGCCCACCAUGCCUGCAACGCGUUAUUUGCCCCCAGCUCAGCCCGAGUCCGAGCCAAUGAUGCAGCCCGAAAUGAUGCCAGAGCCAGCCAUGGAGCACAUAGCCCCAGCUCAGCCUCAGCCCCAGGCUGCACCCGCCAUGCGUUACCUGCCGCCCGCACAGCAGGCCGACCAGCCACAGUACAUCUAUCAGCAAUAUCAGGAACAGGAUCAGCAGAUGCCCUACAUACUGGACGUGCAACAGCCGAUGGCCCCAUCCGAUGCCGAGACUCUGGCCUUCGAGCCGCAGCCAGCUCACGAGCUGCGCCAGGAUGGCUAUCAUUACAAGCAGGCCGCCCAGGAGCAGCGUCUGAGGCAUUAAAUACUCGAAUCCCCAGCUGACUUACGGUUUGACUUCGUUCCAAUCCCAGUCAUCAGAUAGUUGUUAAAUGUUUAUUUAGUACUAAACGUUUGUUUUGUGAUUGUUCAGUUUAUUGUAAAACAAUUUUAUAGAUUUUACUUGACAUAGUA